AUGGAUGUUGAGCUCGGGAGCAGGGCGCUCGAUCUCGUAGAAUCGGUUCUGGCUUUGAAACACGAGAAGGAUGAGGCCAAAGUUGUUGAGGCAAUAAAGAAACACCAUUUGGUGCGAGAGCAUCUACCAACAGAGAUGCUCAACUCAGUCGCUGUGUGGCAAGCCCUUCUAGAGAAUAUGCCAAUGACCGCUAUGAUCAGGAACCUUGGCAAAAUGCAGUCAAUCAAUGUUUUGACAGACGCGUAUCGUGAUAUGGUUGUUGCUAAGCUCACCAAUGAAGCGGAAUUAAAACGGGCAAAGAUCCAUCCAAUCCAGGUAUUGAUGGCGAAAAAGGUGUACGAGAGUGGACACGGAGACAAGGGCAAACUUGAGUGGAAAAAGGACGAGAAGGUUCCUUUUGUAUUGAACCAAGCUUUGGAGGAUGCUUUCUACAAGUCAUUUUUCAACGCCCCGCCCACGAACAAACGAUUUUGCUUUGCUUUUGACGUAUCAGGAAGCAUGACUGCUCGUAUCUCUGGUACAAUGCUGUCUUGCCGAGCUGCGUCUGCUGCUCUUUCACUUAUUAGUCUAAAGAACGAAAAGACAGUGGAGUGUGUUGGCUUCUGCGAUGAACUGGUGGAACUACCGUUCAACGGAGACUGGACGCUCUCCAAGAUCGAAAAUUACAUGAAUGACUUGAGUGUGAGUGUGUGGCUUCAGUGUUUUCAUUGGCUCAUUGGUAGCUUUACUAGUCACUGA